UCAAAGCAAGUGGCAUUUGCUGUGAGAACAAACAUUGCGUAUGACGGAAGCAUAGAUGAUGAUUCCCCUGUGCAUGGCGCUGCAGUGUCAUUUGAUGCUAAAGACUUCCUUCAUGUUAAAGAGGUAAGAAAGUAACUCCACUUUGGUUAAUUCCAGUUAAAGGAGCUGUGUCACGAAAUUCAGCCAAAUUAGGAAAUUACAAAAUGGCCGUUAAAUUAAGAGAAACAAAAAAGUAACUGCUUAAAACUUUAAAGGAAGGUUAAAAUAACAUAACAGAAACAACAGAUGUCGUGGAUGGGCAAAACUGAAGAAGAUUGAAACAGAUUCAAAUUAGGAUUUGUGAAAACUGGUCAGCCUAACAGUUUUUUCAAAGUUGAUCCCUGCUGCUUGCAACUUCAAAAAAAAAUGCUCAGGAGACAUAUUUGUUUGUCUCGGUUCUCUGAUUUUGUCAGUUACAUGUAAUUUCUUUGCUUACUUUAAGUUCCAUAGCGAUUGAGGGUGAGUAAUUGGCAAAAUUAAACAAAAUGAACUGGACUGCCGUGACACAGCCCCUUUAAAUUCAACAGAGAGGAGAAGUGCAAGGUCGCAUUACUGUGGUAUUAAAAUUUCUGGAGCACAACAGUAGGCAACUUAACCCUUUAAGCCCUAAGAGUGACCAACGUCAAAUUUCUCUCUGUAAUAUCAAUGCUUUGUAAAACAGAGUGGUCAUGAGAAUUACGGACAUGAUCACACAAGAUGAAUUUGUUUGAUGUUUUAUCAACUUCUCCCCAUUACUUCUGAAGGAAAUGAAUAGGGGCUGCAAAUGAGAAUUCCAAUUUUGAUCUUAGGGUUUAAAGGGUUAAGCAGUAAUAAUGGCAGUGGCAAUAAGAAUGACAAAAAAGCGAUUGGUUUCUAUCAGCAAAACAACAACUUUGCAUGGGCAGCUCGCUUUUUUGUACAUUUCUUAGCUGUUGUUGUACGACUGCGACAUGAAACUGAACUCAACACAAAAUUUUUCUGUUUCUAAACUCAGAUAUGGUCUUUUCGGGUUAAACCCCAGAAGAUCUUGCCAACAUUUGACCAGUUAAAUGUCAUUUAACAAGAGUGAGUUUGAAACAAUCAUCCAGAAAUUUCGCUACCAUGGUAAUGUGAUGGAACGACUUUUCCUCUCUAACCAAGAGUAACAACAUUGUGCCCCUUUUUGAGUCUGUCUGCUAUAGUUAAGCAGGCAAGAGAAAGCUCUCCUCUCCUUCCAGGCAUUAUUGAUAUUAAUGUUUUAUAAGAGACAAUUUGCCUACUUGCUAUGUCUGAAAAAACAUCUGGACUACAGCUGAAAAAUCAUUUUAUGGCAUAUACUUAGAAAUGGUAAAUAAAACAUUUACAAAAUAAAAGUGACAUCCUCACUAAGCAUGAGUCUUUCAAUUUUCAAAAAUAUUUGCAUCUAUAAUGAUGAAAUUUGAUACUACUAUGUAUGUAAGUGUUAUAGUGUGCCUUCCCUUCUCUCUCACUGGAUUUUAAGACUUUAUAUUUUUUUUUUACAGAAAUUUAAUGACGACUGGUGGAUUGGAAGAGUUGUAAAGGAGGGAUGUGACAUUGGGUUUAUUCCAAGGUACUGCUAAAUGCUAAAUACUUCUUCAAAAUGUCUCAAUUAACAUUUCAUUCAUGGUACUUUGUCAUUUUGUCAUUUGCAGUCCCAGCAAACUGAACUCACUGCAGCAACAGUUUGGACUCAGCAGUGUUGGCGGAAAAGGAAGCAAAACAAAUCAGAAGUAAGAUUUUUCAUGUAAUACUGUAUAUCAAAAAUGACACGCAGUGUUUCAUUUGAUAUCCAGACACCGAGAAGUGGGUUGAAAAAUGACGUGCAGCUAAGUUUUUUAAGACCGACUUUGAUGUGUCUGGAUAUCAUUGAUAUAGCUUCUCAAAUAAACAAUAAUUCUUGGAGAAAUUCAAAGAUAAAGUUCACAAAAUUUUAUGGUAAUUAGUAUCCGAUAUCCAAACUACCGUCAUGGUUGUGAUUUUCUUUGUUUUCUCUGUAUGUAAUAUUAUUGAGCUUGAGUCAUGGAGAAUGUCUUGUAGAUGAGUGAUUCUAGAAGAAGUAAAAAUGUGCCUUGUGGCAUUGACUUCAGUUUUGUGGUUUUGGUUGCUAUAUUGUCAAAAGUAGCAAAGUAACAAGAAAUAAGAAAAUCUAGUCUAUUAUGUGAGUAACAUCAUUAUUAAAUUUCUAUGUGAAGUACAUAGCAGUUUCUCAGAGGUUAUAAAAGGUUGUUAAGUUAAUGUACUGUUUCUUUUAUGAACCUUUCAUCUGUACCAAAGAGUCAUGGUUUUGCUGCUGUUUUUUGUUAGGUCUGGUAGUGUUUUUCAGUUCGAAGGUAUGAUGAAUCAAGCACAGUCUCCAACUAAUACCUCACCAUCACGUCAUUCCUCCACAUCAGGACAAAGUAUGUUUUGCCAUAGAAAGAUAUUAUUUAUCUUUGUUGAUAUGUGUANAAGAGUCAUGGUUUUGCUGCUGUUUUUUGUUAGGUCUGGUAGUGUUUUUCAGUUCGAAGGUAUGAUGAAUCAAGCACAGUCUCCAACUAAUACCUCACCAUCACGUCAUUCCUCCACAUCAGGACAAAGUAUGUUUUGCCAUAGAAAGAUAUUAUUUAUCUUUGUUGAUAUGUGUAAAAGAAGCUGUCAGAUUUCCGCCAAUCAGCACGAAGCAGAAACGAUCGCAAAUCUAAACAAACAUUGAAAAAAAAACAUGCUAAGGGUAGUGACAUCAUUUCUAAUGUCAUCUCUGUCAAUCAGCAUUUUUUUUGCAUCAACUUUUUCGAUGCAGAUGUUCAAAUUCUUCUAUCUCCCGGGAGAGCUUGCUCGCAGGCUACUUGGGGAAUUAGUACAAGCUAAGAGUAAUCAUGUUCACAUUACCAUCAACAGUUGAUGAUGAGAAUGGAAUGGAAUACGGUGAUGAAUCAAGUCCAUCAAGUCCAACUUCAUCCAAAACAUUGCCAAGGUCUGCAUCAGGAACCACAGUAUCAUCCCAAGGGACACAAGGCGGCAAAUCAAAAAAGCCAUUCUUCAAGAAGGUUUUGACACUUUUUAUAUAAUGUUUAUUAUGGCUAUAGUUGAAUCAGUAAAAAACAAACAGGGCUGUACUCUAUGAGGGUGACUCUCUUGGGAUCAUUGUACUUUUCUGGAAAACUGCCCACUUACCCCUCCCCUAAGCUAACAUUAAGACAUAUUUCUCACUUAGGGUAAAAUGUUGGCUUAGGGGAGGGGUAGGUGGGCAGUUUCCCAGAAAUGUAUAAUCAUCCCUCCCUCAUUACCUGUACCUUAAAAAAAUACCCCCUUACUCCAACUGCUUGUCAUGCUUAGCUUUACUAUUCCAAAAACCUUCACCUUCCUAAAUCAUGCUUCAAGGGUGUGGGAACUAGAAAUCUCUUGCUUUUACCUUAUUUGUUGGGCACCCUGAAUUUUAUAAGGGAGUUUCGGGCUUGUUGCAGUGUUUCUUAGAGCAAAGCCGUUAUGAAAUUAAUGCACAAUGAUAUGUACCUGACAGUCUUUUUUUACCUGUUUAGCAACAAGAGCAAUUCUCUCCUUAUGAUGUUGUACCAUCUAUGAGGCCUAUUGUGUUGUUGGGACCAUCCCUUAAAGGUUAUGAGGUAUGUACUGUAUUUUGUCAAGUUCUUUUAGUUAACCCUUUAGGUCCCAAGAGUGACCAACAUCAAUUUUCUCCUAACAAUAUCAGAAGAUCAUCAAGAGUAAAGUUUAUGAGAAUUACUAAAUUGAUUACCACAGGGAGAAUGCUUUGAUCAUAAACCAAAUUCUCUCAACUAUUCUUAAAAGAAAUGUAUGGAGAUCAGACUGGAGAAUUUGUAUGUGGAUACUGGGGUUUAAAGGGUUAAAAUGAACCUGCAAUCCUAAUCUCCAGGUUGUUAUUACGCAUCCGUUGCACGUAUGUAGCCAGCAUUUGUUUGGACUUCCACUAAGAAUGAAUGGAAUGCACAAAACGCAAUUUGAUCAUGCGCAUUUCGACCUUCUACCCCUUGUAAUCUAAUCAUGGGUGUUUUCACCAUCUGUCAUGUGAAACUUACGCGAAGCACAGCACAGGAGGAAAAGUGUUUUGACCUUUCAUUGUUGCCUGCACUCUAUGACCUUCAGUUAUUACUAGUUAUUAUCAAAAAAGUCAGAGUAAAGUAUUUGAAUUCUCUUUUUCAUUGUGUUUGUUAGAAGAGGUGUGACAAUUACCAGUGAUCUGCAAUAUUGUCACCAGUCAAUUCAAUAGGCCCUUUGCAGUUAGUUGUUCACUUGGUACAAAACUUCCAUGCUGGAACGAAAGAGACAUAUUCGGAGAAGACAAACAAAGGAAAUUACCAUUAUAAAAAAUGAUGUGAGCUCUUUGUUAGUCUUGUCUCAGUGUAUCCCUUGCUCUCCAGCAUGGCAGCUUUGUGCCAUGAGAAUAACUAGCUGCAAAAGGCCUAUUAUAUUAAGUAAAUAAUAGAUAUUGACUUAGAGGUUGCACUACUACUUAAGUGGUUCUUUAUCUACCUUAUUCCUGGUUGAAUUGGAAUUUGAAAAUAUCUGUUUUUGAGGAGAGGGUAAAACCGGAGUACCUGGAGAAAAACCUCUCGGAGCAAAGGAGAGAACCAUCAACAAACUCAACUCACAUAUGGCAUCAGCGCCAGAAUUUGAACCGGGGUUACAUUAGUGGGAGGCUAGUGCUCUCACCACUGCGCCACCCUUGUCCACCAAAUCCCAGACUCACUUCCCAGUUAUUUUCUGGUUGUCUUGUAAGUGUCUUUGAUUUUGCCCACAAACUAGUAAUAGGCACGUGCAGCUACUAUAGGGUGGUGCAAUCAACAAGAAAGGCUAUUAAUUUUUAAUGAUUUUCCUUUGAUGUCAUUACAGGUUACGGACAUGAUGCAGAAAGCUUUGUUUGAUUACAUGAAACACAAAUUUUCUGGAAGGUAAGUUAUGUACUGUGAUAUAUUUCUUGCUAUACAGUUAACCAGUGUUCCUGUGUUAUUUGAUGUGGAUUGUAAGCAGUAGAAGGGUGUAGAAGGGUUCAUUUCUGGUCAAGUAAACAGUAAAUACUCUCUUUUAUUAUUUUAACAUAAGAGGUGCCUAGUCAUUUAACUUAAUUCACCCUCAAGUGGACGAUCUUCUUAAGCCAGUAAGGACAUGAGUAUUUCCACCUUAGCUUUAACCCUUUAAGUGAGCUUCAAGUCCAUGCACCUUGCUGAAGUCCAGCCAUGAUCUGGCUGUACUAGUUUUUACGUUUACUUUUGAUCCACUCCUUAAGCAGGCUUGUAAAUAGCCACAUGGUUUGCUUCUUGCCACUUAGAUUUAUUAGCUUUGCUCUGUUAAUUUGAUAUAUUUCUUCAUUUACAGGAUAACAAUAAUGCGUGUUAAUGCUGACAUAACGCUGGCCAAGCGAUCAGUUAUUUCAAACCCCAGCAGGAGUAAGUUGAUGGAGAGAACGAACAGCAAAGGUUCAGGACUUGGUAUGUUUUUCUUAAAACUUUGCCAACAGUUAUCUGUAUUCUUUCCCAGGAAGAUAAGUCAUGCAGUUUGAAAAUGUGUGUUCUAGGCACAAUAUUUAUUACAAACACAGUUUGGAUUUCAUUUCAUCUUUAUUUUUGCUUGAUUUAAAGAGGACUGAACCUGUAGAUUUAAAACUGUGUUGAUUACUUUAUUUGAACAUGACUAGCAAAGUGUCAUUUACAAUUUUCGGCUCAAAUUGUUUUGUGUGCUCAAGAUUUUGUUUAAGACACUGGUUUUUGUUUUUGAUUUAAGAUUAGAGAUUGUAAUUUGUAUGAAAACAAAAUAAUUAUGAUCGUGACUGAAAUGUUAUGACGUAGCUUCUUCAACCUUUGUAUUGUAUUUGAUUAAUAUCUUUACAGCUGAAGUUCAACUAGAAAUAGAACGGAUAUUUGAGUUAGCCAGAGGGCUUAAUCUGGUUGUGUUGGACUGUGAGAGUGUGAAUCACCCUACACAUCUCUUCAAGACGUCUUUAGCCCCCCUGCUAGUGUACAUAAAAAUAAAUUCACUCAAGGUAAAGUUUCUGUUUCUGGUUGAUGUUGAUGACUCAUUUAGUCAUCAAUACAUUAUUCAUCUUUUACAUUUCAAAAUAGCUUUAUUGGGAAAAGAUUUUCUGUGAGACAAGAAUUUCUAAAAAGAGCAGUAAAGAUACAUUGUUCUUACUAAAGUUCAUUUUGGGAUUGUGGACAUCAUGUUUAUGUUUUUUAUGGAAUGAAAUCUAGUGAAGAAUAGUAAUGACAAGUAAUGAGGGUAAUCAUAUAUUUUUGGCAAGCAUACCCCAAACCAAGAAUCUGUAUAGUUAUAUGCUUCAAGAAAAAGUAUCUUAGGUUACACAUACCCAUUGCGGUGAAAUAAUUACGCUCCCCACCACUCAAAUGUGCUUGAAAUAAAUAAGCCCCAUGUGGGGCUUGAUAGAGGAUUUAUGCUCAUUAUCACUUUGGCCAUACACUGUUUAAUUAUUACCUUUUGGUAUUAUCUGCAGGUCUUACAGAGACUCAUAAAAACCCGUGGCAAAUCCCAGUCUAGAAAUCUCAAUGUACAGCUUGUGGCAGCUGAAAAAUUAGCCCAGUGUGGGAAUGUAAGUAGUAAAAUUGUCUAUAUAUAUUAUUAGUUCUUGUGAUUGGUCUAUGUUUGAUUGCUAUCUAUUAUGAUAGUAGAUUUUGGCUGAACUCUUAGUCCCAAGAGUGAUCAACAUCAAUUUUCUCCUUAGCAAUAUCAAUAUACAAUCAAGAGAAAAUGUUGUGGGAAUUAGUAAAAUGAUCACCUGAGGGAAAAUGCUUUCAUAUUAUUUUUAUGAAAAUGUAUAGAGACCAGUUUGGAGAAUUUGUAUGAGGAUAUUGGUGCUUAAAGAGUUAAAUCGUCUCAGUGUUCAAAGAAAGUUGUGUCCGAUAGCCUGGGCAGGGCUAGUGGAUUUUGCUAUCAGGCUAGUGAUUUUUGUUUUUAACUGGCCCGAUGGGCAAGUGCUGUUGUUUUGGGGAAAUUCAACUUACAGAAGGACUGUAAUCAAUCCUGCUGAUCAAAAAGGGUUUUUAGGGCUAAUUGAAAUGACUUGUGGGCUAGUACAUGCUAGCUACAGCUUGCCCUAAUGGCAGGCUGUAAAAUUCUUUGCACCCUACAUCUUAAGUGACUCUGACUGAAAUGCUUCAUAUUCUGUUUAUUUACUUUUACUUUCGUUGUCGUCAUCAGGAGGCUUAGGAACAAGCAAUUUUUUCCCAGCCUGUAGUUGCCUCUGAUUUUGAAACAGUGUGCAUACCCUUUGAUAAAAUAAGAUAUGAAUUUGGUGGGUGUGAGAUAAAAGAAAUUGUGGUAAGGGCUGUAACUAAGGGGAAGGGGCCAAGAUUUCCCCCUGGUUGCUGUGAGCUUGACCCCCUCCUACUUUCAUAGGAAACAAAAGAAAAUUAGAAUGAUGGAAACUGCUUAUCUGUCCAAUUCCCCACCUGCUAAUUGCACAUAUUGUGUGGCACGAAAUUUUUACGGGAGUUAAUUUUUGUGGAUUGGCGAUUUUUUUUUGACAGAUUGGUUUUUCUUGUUGGUGAUUAUUUUUUUGUGAUUUUCAGAGUUUUUUAUUAAGUACUUGCAAUAGAAAUACAUAUUUUCAAACAAUACUACAGUGUGCGUACCCUUUGUAAAACCAGUAUUUCACUGUAUGCCGUUUUGUUAGUGUACAAAGCGAAUUUAAGUUAGAGAAUAGUUACUCUGGGGUAAAUUUUUGCGGGAAAAAUGUUUGCGGUAAUUUUUAUUUGCGGGAACUUAUUUAGCGGAUCACUGCAAAAAUUGCAAAAAUAAGAACCCACAAAAAUUUUGUGCCACAAUUUUGUACCUGGCAACUUAAAAUCAUGGUAACAGCCAUACUGCUCACACCCCUCCCUCUGCAAAUGCCUAAAUAUCUAACUCAUGGAAGACCUAGUCUGCCAUAACUAACUCCAACCUCUCUGGGUAGAACUCUUAUAUGGUAUCUAAGGAUUCAUGUGAAGGUGUUUUCCCCUAUGCUUGUUACAUAAUAAAGGCCACAUCUUUCUCACAUCUUGUUUGGUUUAACACAAAGGAGGCUUAUGACCUUGUGCUGGAUGAAGCUCAGCUUGAUGAUGCAUGCGAUCAUCUGGGAGAAUUUCUUGAAAGUUACUGGAGAGCGACGCAUCCACCCAAUCAGCCAGGCAGCAGGCUGCCGACUGUACAGCCACAACCAUCUUCCCAGCAAUAUCAUACUGUGGACUCAAAUGAAAGGCCUAGUGUUUAUUUGUAA